CCGUUAGCUUCCAGUUGUCAAAGGACUCGAGAGAGCGCUUACAGAGUACGCCCAGGAAUCCCGCCAGCGCUCCUCUAGCUCCAUCCAGCGCUCCUCCAGCUCCAUCCAGCGCUCCAUCAGCUCCAUCCCGCGCUCCUCCUGCGCCAUUCACUGUCUGAGAGCUCACGCCGCGCUCCCCGCCGCACAGAUGCUCGUCCGCGCCCUGCUGCUCUGCGCAGCCCUGGCUCUCCGCGCUGCAGCAAAUCCUUGCUGUUCCAACCCAUGCCAAAACCGAGGUGUCUGUAUGAGUGUUGGAUUUGACCAGUAUACGUGUGACUGUACUCGAACAGGAUUCUACGGGGAAAACUGCUCAACACCUGAAUUUAUGACAAGAAUAAAAUUACUCCUGAAACCCACUCCAAACACGGUGCACUACAUACUUACCCACUUCAAGGGAGUCUGGGACAUUAUCAAUAAUAUUCCCUUCCUGAGAAAUGCAAUUAUGAAAUAUGUGUUGACAUCCAGAUCAGAUUUGAUUGACAGCCCACCAACGUACAAUGCACACUAUGGCUAUAAAAGCUGGGAAGCCUUUUCGAAUCUCUCCUAUUAUACCAGAGCUCUUCCUCCUGUGGCUGAUGACUGCCCUACUCCCAUGGGUGUGAAAGGGAAGAAAGAGCUUCCUGAUUCAGACAUGAUCCUGGAUAAAUUUAUGAUAAGAAGAGAGUUCAUUCCUGAUCCCCAGGGCACAAAUUUGAUGUUUGCAUUCUUUGCCCAGCACUUCACCCAUCAGUUUUUCAAGACAGAUCAUAAGCGAGGACCAGCUUUCACUAAAGGACUGGGUCAUGGGGUGGAUUUAAAUCAUGUUUAUGGUGAAACUUUGGAUAGACAGCAUAAACUGCGCCUUUUCAAGGAUGGAAAACUGAAAUAUCAGGUAAUUGAUGGAGAGGUAUAUCCUCCCACAGUCAAAGAUACCCAGGCUGAGAUGAUCUACCCGCCUCAUGUCCCUGAACACCUGCGGUUUGCCGUGGGCCAGGAGGUGUUUGGUCUGGUGCCUGGUCUGAUGAUGUAUGCCACAAUUUGGCUGCGUGAACAUAACAGAGUGUGUGAUGUGCUUAAGCAGGAGCAUCCAGAAUGGGAUGACGAGCGGUUGUUCCAGACAAGCAGGCUAAUACUGAUAGGAGAAACUAUUAAGAUUGUGAUUGAAGACUAUGUACAACACUUGAGUGGCUAUCACUUCAAACUGAAGUUUGACCCAGAGCUGCUUUUCAACCAACAAUUCCAGUACCAAAACCGCAUCGCUGCUGAGUUUAACACUCUCUACCACUGGCAUCCCCUUCUGCCUGACACCUUUCACAUUGAUGACCAGGAGUACAGCUAUCAACAGUUUCUCUACAACAAUUCUUUAUUAAUGGAACAUGGGCUUACCCAGUUUGUCGAAUCAUUCAGCAAGCAAAAUGCCGGCAGGGUGGCUGGCGGUCGGAAUCUUCCCGUUGCAGUACGAAAAGUAGCCAAGGCCUCAAUUGAGCAGAGCAGACACAUGAGAUACCAGCCUCUGAACGAGUACCGCAAACGCUUUCGGAUGAAGCCCUAUGAAUCAUUUGAAGAACUUACAGGAGAGAAGGAAAUGGCUGCGGAGUUAGAAGCGCUCUAUGGUGACAUUGACGCCAUGGAGCUGUACCCUGCCCUUCUGGUAGAAGAGCCUCGCCCAGAUAGCAUCUUUGGUGAGACCAUGGUAGAACUUGGAGCCCCCUUUUCCUUGAAAGGACUGAUGGGCAAUCCUAUAUGUUCUCCUCACUACUGGAAGCCUAGCACUUUUGGCGGUGAAGUGGGUUUUAAAAUCAUCAACACUGCCUCCAUUCAGUCUCUCAUCUGCAAUAACGUGAAAGGCUGCCCCUCUACUUCGUUCAGUGUUGGGGACCCACAGCCCACCAAGACAGUCACCAUGAAUGCGACCCCCUCCCACUCUGGACUGGAGGAUAUCAAUCCUACCGUACUACUAAAAGGACGUUCAGCUGAACUGUAGAAGCUUAUUGAUCAUAUUUAUUUAUUUAUAUGAAUGAUUUCUUUUAAUUAUUUAAUAUUUAUAUUAAACUCCUUAUGUGACUUAAUUUCUGUUAAGGAAAAGGGGUUAUCCUUGUGAAUAUUUUUGUGUCAAUGAUUUCAAGAUGUCUUUUCUCCAAGUUAAAGGGAAAACCAGAUGUCAUUUGACAUCUUUUUACUUGAAUUUCAGUUUAGACUUACAGUAACAGCCACAGCAAAGACGUUUGAAUAUUUAAAUGCUGUUACAAGAUGGCAAAAUGCUGCACAUUUCUUUCUCCAUUCCGAUUCUUACAGUGUAUCUUCCACGAUACAUUGGAAGCAACUACCUGCACACUGGUCCUUUGAUUUUCUUCUAGCCAUUUUGCUAAGAGGAGCUCUUCUGAUCAGUUUACUUCUUCUAUUUUGUUUCUCUGGUUUCAAGAUCUGAGUUCAUCUUUCUUUGGACUCUACCUAUAUUUUCUUAUCUGAACUUCUGCAAGUUUUCAGGAAAACCUCAGCUCAGGACUACUAUUUAGCUCCUCUUAAGAAGAAUAAAAGAAAACAAAAGCUCUCAAAAAAAAAGGCCUUGAUAAAAAGGUGUGCUCACAUGCUAAGUGAAAGACAAAGAACUUUAUAUUUAAUUUUAACUAUUUUAACUAUGUGUAACUGAAGAAGCUACAAAGAGACUUAGAAAGAACUGUAAGGGGUUCUUGACAAGAAGAGCUUUAUAUUCCUACUCUAAGGAAUGUCCUUUUCCUUUAAAAACAAAAGCACACUAUUCCUGAAUAGUUCCCAGGAAGAUAAUGCUUCUUCUUAUCCACAUCUCAUUGUCAGCUGACAUUUUCUGGUACUGUACAUUACUUAAUUUAUUGAGGAUUAUUAUUUAUGUUUUGUUAGGACAUUAUUAUUAUAAACUGGGUUGAAGCCUCGCUAUCUCUUCUUUGGGAUUACCUCUUUGAAUUUUGAAAACUACAAGAGAAAUUAUUGGAUUAAGAUGUGAAUUAAUUUUCAGGAACCCAACUCUGGUACAUUGAGUUAUAAGGUUGGAAUUUAUGUCAUUAAGAUUCACCUAUACACCAGCCCACAGAACAUUGUGUGUGUGUCUCAUCAGCCUGGAAGUGCCAUAAAACUGACCUUUUAUAUGUUUUUUAAGGACCGGUGGAUGCUACAUUAAUUCAUUCCAUUAUAACUUAUUGAAGAGACAUUAGUCAAAGUACUGUAGAUCUUAAUAUUUUUAAUCAAGCACUGAUUAUGGAUAACAUUAGUAUUUAUGUAAUUAAUUAAGAGCAUGUCUCGUGGGUAGAGGGAAAUGAUGAAAUCUCAUUAAAGAGAAAUAACUCAGGGAAAUUUUCUUUAAGAUUUUAUGUUUAAAA